AAGUAACAAACAACAAUACUACUGGCACCAACACACACAGACUAAGCUACUCUACCAGCGACCCAUGUGGCCGAAACUGGUCACUCGAGCACGGACACACAGAUGCACACACAGGCAGACAAGCAGAGACACAAACGGCAGGCAGGCAGGAAAGCGCUGACUAAUCCGCAGGCAGACACUCAUUACAUUCAUAUUCAUUCGACACAGAAAAAUCACCACCUCUGCAGACACGUACGUCAGUGACGUACAGUGCGCUGUGUGUGAAAGCGUCGGAAGCCGGAACUGGGAGGGGUGCCCAACGUCUGGCCAGCACACAUACACACACACACACACUCACAGACGUACACACACCUACCGGUCAACCAACGGGGAAAAGUGCGUGUUUGCUCACCGCAGUAUAGCGCUGACACGGGAGUGACGAUGAGUCGCCUUCCUCUGCACACACACAUCCACACACAACACAGCCCAAGUGUAUCGAUACCACUGGUUGUGCGUAUGGACUGUUCGUUCGUUCGCACCGCACCCACCCGCAGCGUGGCCUCCAGCGCUUGUCUGCACGCCUGCACCUUCCGUCCUUCGUGAUGAUGGUCGGCUGGAGGAGGGGGAGCGGGCGGCGCUGACGGAGCAGCCAUCCCUUCAUCACUGCUGGGCAACCUGAUCGGGUCAUCCACACACACACAAACACACACACAUAAACAUACACAGCGGUGAAGUGCACACACCCCCUGACGUCUUGUGUGUGUCUGUCGGUCACUCACGGUCUUCUGUUGUUGAUCUUGUUGGACAGCCGCACCGCCAUAGCAAAGUCGGCCGCUUCCUGCGUGGUGGUUGGGGCACCGGCAGCCGCCCGCAGCUGCUCGACGAUGUCACGCAGGCCGUAGUUGACGUGCACAUCGGUUUCAGCGGUCUCCCUCCUGAUCAUGAUUGAAGUGAAAAUGUUGUGUGGGUGUGUGGAGUGUGGUGUGUGAGCGGUAUCUACCUACCUGCACUUUGGGCAGACGGCAACGUGGCGGUGGUUCCUGGCGAUGAGCCCCUCAACACACUGGAGAUGCGAGCAGGCAGGUAGGCAGCAAACAAACCGACACACAUACAGGUACAUGUGGCACGAAAGGACUCACUCACCUGAGCGCAGAAGGAGUGGCCUGACAGCCAGAUGGAGGGAUAGGCACACAGGGACAACAAGUCAUACAAACACCCACUCCUGACCCGUCCGUCUUUGUGUGUUUCCCACUGACCGCAUCGGAGCCCAUGAGGCUGCCUGUGGGCAUCCUCAUGAUUGUACUCCUCCAGACAGACGCCACACUGCGGGAUGGAGGCCAUCUCGCGUCAGAU